AUGUAAAGCACUUUGUCAAGCAGCACAAUUUUAUGCAUUCACGUUUUAUCACUGUAAUGUGCUUGCAAGUGCUACUCUCCCGUGAACUAAUGGAUAUGUAUUUCGUACAGGCUUGUUGUUGAUUCUGUUGCAGAUAUAGUGGACUAUUGGAUUACUUUUAACGAGCCUCAUGUCUUUUGUAUGCUCACUUACUGUGCUGGUGCCUGGCCUGGUGGUAAUCCUGAUAUGCUGGAGGUUGCUACUUCUGCUUUACCUACAGGUGUCUUCAAUCAGACCAUGAACUGGAUAGCAAUUGCGCAUUCAAAGGCGUAUGAUUAUAUUCAUGAAAAGAGCAAACCAUCGAGUGCCGUUGUUGGAGUAGCUCACCAUGUCUCAUUUAUGCAUCCAUAUGGACUGUUUGACGUUGCUGCUGUUUCAGUCGCCAAUUCGAUGACCCUUUUACCUUUUCUGGAUAGUAUUUCUGACAAGAUGGAUUACAUUGGGAUCAAUUAUUAUGGACAGGAAGUCAUUUGUGGUGCAGGAUUGAAACUAGUGGAGACAGAUGAGUACAGUGAAUCUGGGCGUGGUGUCUAUCCUGAUGGCUUGUUCCGUGUCUUGCUCCAAUUUGAUGAAAGAUACAAACAUCUUGAUCUUCCCUUUGUAAUAACUGAAAAUGGUGUUUCUGAUGGAACAGACUUGAUUAGACAACCAUACUUGUUGGAACAUCUACUUGCAACUUAUGCAGCCAUGAUAAUGGGUGUUCGUGUACUUGGUUACUUGUUUUGGACGAUCUCUGAUAACUGGGAGUGGGCAGAUGGGUAUGGUCCCAAGUUUGGACUUGUAGCAGUUGAUCGUGCCAAUAAUCUCGCUCGGAUUCCUCGUCCCUCGUACUAUUUGUUUUCAAAGGUUGUAGAAUCUGGAAAAAUAAUGCGGGAAGACAGGGAAAAGGUGUGGGGUGAGCUCCAAACCGCUGCUAAAGAUGGAAAAAGGAGACCAUUCUAUCGAUCAGUGAAUAAAUAUGGCUUAAUGUAUGCAGUUGUAGGAAGCUAAGUUGUGAUUAAACUGUUGAAUAGCUCAAUCUCAGUGCGAUGUUUGACUGGGAAAUAGAGAAAUGACAACUGCAAUUUAUAUUUGGUUUGGAGAAGCAGAAGGUGCAUUAUUCAGGGAAACGCCUUGAGAAUCCUGUAAGUGAACAGUAGUUGUAUACUAAUCAACUUUCUUGGAGUGUAAAUUUGAAGGAUCUGCUGGCUCCAGUAUUUUGAAAAUACUCGGUGUAGUUGUGCAAGUGAUAAGUGAACUAGUGUUACCAUUAUUGUGUUAAUAAAAAGGCAACAGUGUGUUGGUGU